GGCAGAGAGAAAGGGAGAGAGCGGCGUGAUAGAGAGAAGGCGAUGCUUGGGAAAUAAGCAUGAGAAGUGGAAGGGGGCUCCAAUAACUUGCAGUAUUUAAAAGUCUAAAGACUGGAGCGCAUACAAUGAGUGGAACGGACCAAUGAAGUUUCGACCGGACACAGAGCAGAGCAAAGAACAAAAUAAACCAAAUGGAACGACGACGACUCUAAAGUGCAGACGCAGCGCCGGAAGGGGCUACGACGGGCCAGAGGGCAAUCAACCAGUUGAGCAGCAGACGCCGCGGGUGCUGUCGGAGGUUGAGAACAGAGAGGAAGAGAGCGAAACGAAGUGGAGAGGAGCAACGGAACAAGCGCCACACACACCGUUCAAGCAAUGGACGUUGUGCAUGUGUGUGUGUGUGUGUAUGGGAAAUGCAAAUGUCUGCGUGUCUAAAGACGAAGGACAGGACAGCAGUGUAAAGCGAAAGAAGAAGAAGAAGAAGAAGCAGCAGCUAAAGCAGACCAAUGCCAAGUGACCAAGUGGCCGGAGCGUGUCACGAAGGGGAACUGGACAACACACACACACAUGCACAUACACACAUAGUGAUACAUACAUACACACAUAAAGUUGCUC